CUUUAAAAAAGCUACUUAUGGUUCUAAAGUGAGGCACCAACUCCUCGAAUAUCUCCAGUCACUAGCAUUAGAAAGUAGCAAAGCAGCUGCAAUGGCUUCCAAGAAAAUCCAUGCCCUCCUUAUAGUUUUCUCUCUUCUUUUCCACUCAACAUUCACCAGCGCUUGUAAUUCAUGCAAGCCCAAACCCAGUCCUCCUCCUCCAGCUGCAUACUGCCCUAAGGACACAUUGAAGCUAGGUGUCUGUGCUGACCUCCUCGGACUUGUCAACAUAACAGAGGGAACAGCUCCUUCAAGCAAAUGUUGCGCUUUGCUCUCAGGCUUGGCUGAUUUGGAGGCUGCCCUUUGCCUCUGCACUGCCAUUAAAGUCAAUGUACUUGGAAUCAACCUCAACAUCCCUGUUACUCUUAGUCUACUCAUCAGUGCAUGUCAGAAGGAGCUUCCUCCAGGCUUCAAAUGUGAAUAAUAAUGAGAAG